CUUUCAAGAUGGCGGACGAACCUUUACUUUUAGGGCUGGCGGACGGAAACAUGACGGAAAAUGACGAUAACAUUUGUGGAUGGAGUACAAACAAAAUCGGAGGAAAACCGAAUUGGUUGCAUGGCCAGCCGUUGUGUUUCCCAACUUGCCCUUUAUGUGGAAAAAUAUUGUAUUUGGUUUGCCAGAUUUACUGUCCUUUGUCAGAGUCCACCUUUCACCGUGUGCUGUAUGUAUUUGGUUGUGUAAGCAAAUCUUGUUGGAAUAAAAACACAAGUUGGAAAGUUUUGAGAUCACAAGCCAGAGACAGCAAUUUUGUUGGCAGGGAAACAGCAGAAAAUAAGUCUUCUGGUGGAUUUGAAGUGGAUGAUUGGUGUGAUGAUGCUGAAGACUGGGGAGAUGAUAAUGAUUUUUCCAUGAGCUUGGAGCAAUGUACUGGCAAAUUAACACUAUCUGAAGAUAAACCUGAAGAGAUGAACCAUACUUUAGCUGGAAAUUUUAGUGAAGGCCAGCCACACACAGAAACUUCAUUGGCAUCCAUCCCUCAUUUUGCACCAAUGUAUGUUAGUGUUGUGGAAGCACCUGACCCAAAAGAGACAUCUACCAAGAUGACAAAACAUGAGAAAGCUCUGUUGUCUGAAUAUCAGCAGCGUGAAGGAGGCCAUGUUUUAGAUGCCUUGGAGACAGAUGAGGGUAAUAAGGAAUGGGCUGGGGAGAAAUAUGAAAGUGCAGCAGUUACGCAUGGUGAUAAAGCAUUUCACAAGUUUAACAAACAGUUACAUGCUUAUCCACAGCAGUGCCUGAGGUAUCAGUGGAAUGGGAUGCCUGUUUCUAUGUUAACCACCAAGCCAUCUGAGCUGUUUUCAAGUGUUCCACCCUGCCAGCAUUGUGGUGCAAACAGAAUAUUUGAACUGCAAUUUAUGCCUGCAUUAAUUGGCAAUUUGAAACUUGCAAAGCAAACAUGUGCCAACUUGACUGGGGAUCUUAGUUCCCAAAACAACAAACAUGAGGCAGAGACUGAGCAGUUUUCAAAUAGUAACAAUGUACACAAUUUGGGAAGGUUGGACAAUAAUAUUUGUGAGGACAAUGGGGGAAAUCUAUCAGAUAAUACUGGUCUUCGGGAAGAUCAAAGGAAGGCAUUCUUGGCAACUGUCAAUCAAGUGAAUGACGUCGUAAUUGAGUUUGGCACUGUAAUGGUUUUCACGUGUGCUAAGAGCUGUUGGGGAGAAAAGGAAAGUGUCGGAGAAGACGUUUACUUAGAAGAAUUUUGUUUAGUAGAGGCUGACCCGGAUGUUUUGUUAUUUCAAUAA